CAUACCCUGCUCGUUUAUUCAAAACCCAAUCAACUCUGAUCAAUACAGAGAAAACCCAGUUGGGGUUUAAGCCCAGAGGCAGAGUCCAAGCAAAAUGCGAGACGGGGAUUGCUUCUUCUGCAGGUUUCGGAUUGGGAAACAGAGGAAGAAGAAGGAAAACAGAGGGGUUUCAGAGGGGGAAGCCAUGGGUGGUGACGUGUACGGCCGAGGGCAUAGAGAGAGGAAUGUUGAUGGGAACAGAGGAGGAGGAUCAGGAGAGGCUGCUGCUGCUAAGAAAGCAAUCAGUGUGCCAGAGAGGUUCAAGGUGGUGGCUUUGUUGGCGUGUGUGAUGUGCUUGUGUAAUGCCGAUAGAGUCGUCAUGUCUGUGGCUAUUGUUCCACUCGCAGCUAAAAAUGGCUGGACCAGUUCUUUCUUGGGCGUCGUUCAGUCAUCUUUUCUAUGGGGAUACAUAUUCUCAUCAGUGAUUGGAGGAGCCUUGGUGGACAAGUAUGGAGGAAAGAGAGUGAUGGCAUGGGGUGUGGCCAUGUGGUCUCUGGCUACUCUCCUCACCCCAUGGGCUGCCAACCAUUCCACAACCAGCCUCUUGGCCGUUCGUGCCUUCUUUGGACUGGCUGAAGGUGUGGCCUUGCCAUCCAUGAGCACCCUCUUGUCCAGGUGGUUUCCAACCCAAGAAAGAGCAAGUGCAGUUGGAAUCUCUAUGGCUGGUUUUCACAUUGGCAAUGUCAUAGGCUUACUGCUAACUCCAGUUAUGUUAUCAUCAAUUGGAAUUUCUGGCCCCUUUAUUCUCUUCUCUUCCAUUGGACUUCUCUGGCUGACAAUCUGGGCAUAUACAGUCACAAAUGAUCCAGGAGAGAGUUAUUGCAUCAGCAAAUCAGAGCUCCGAUUGAUCCAAGCUGGAAAAUCUGAUUCUCCAGUAAACAGUGGCAAGCUCCCACCUCUGAGGCUCCUCUUAUCAAAAUUACCAACAUGGACCAUUAUUUUGGCCAAUAUAACUAACAAUUGGGGAUACUUUGUUCUACUCUCGUGGAUGCCUGUUUAUUUUAAGACUGUAUUUGGUGUAAACUUGAAGCAAGCAGCAUGGUUUAGUGCUGUUCCAUGGGGAACAAUGGCAGUUUCCAGCUACAUUGCUGGUGCAGCAUCAGAUUCAUUAAUCAAGGCAGGCUACUCUUUGACUUCAGUUCGAAAGAUCAUGCAGUCAAUUGGUUUCAUUGGACCUGGAGUGUCAUUGCUCUGCCUAAACUAUGCGAACACACCCACGGAUGCAGCGGUACUCCUCACAGCAGCCUUGUGCUUCAGCUCUUUCAGCCAAGCAGGCUUUCUCCUUAAUAUACAAGAUAUCGCCCCUCAAUACGCUGGAUUUCUCCACGGGAUUUCAAAUUCAGCAGGGACAUUUGCAGCCAUAGUCAGCACAAUAGGAACUGGUUAUUUUGUACAAUGGUUAGGAUCAUUUCAGGCAUUCCUAACUGUCACUGCGGCGCUCUAUUUCGCGACAGCAAUCUUUUGGAACCUAUUUGCUACUGGAGAGCGUGUCUUCUAGACUGAAAUGUCCAACAAUUUGCAUCAGUAAUAUAUACGCUUAAAUUUUUUUAGGAAAUCUUAGAUGAUAUAGGCAUGGAAAAGAUGAACAUAAACAUCAAUGUGGAGAUCUUAGAUGGCAUAGGCAAGGAAACGAUGAACAUAACAUCAAUUUGGAUGUUCGAAAUUUUGGUUCAUUUUUUAGGCAAUGUUAGAGCUGAGAGAGAUUUGAGCAAGUAGAGUUGAACACUCAUGUUUCAAGAUUCUGCAAGGCAUUCCUUGCUCUUCUGUUGCAUAUUUUAGAUUAUGUUCUAAGAAGCAAAUAAAUUAUUCAUUUUAGAAGAUAGUCUUGGCUUUAUUU